AUGCAAUCAUCAUUGAUAAAAGAACGAACAACUAUUAAUAAUGGUCUUUUAAGAUCAAAAUCUAUUUAUUCAAAAUCAUAUAAACGAGAAUUAGAAGAUCUAUUGAAUUAUUCUAUUCGUAAUUUAAAAUAUACAUCUAAACGUCAAACAAAUUAUGUAAAUAAAAUGAAUGAAACAAUUAAUAUAUUAAAUAGUAUUCCUUCAUUUAUAUUAAGUAAUAUUACAUCACAUAGAUUUUAUAUUUCUAUACGAAAUAUUAUUCGAGAUAUUUUACUCGAUUGGUAUUCUUCUUAUAUAUUAACUCAAGAAGAAAUAUAUCUUUUGCGUAAUUGUAUUAUAUUUUUUUAUCGUCUUAUUAAUUCUGUUAAAGAUAUAACAAAACUUACAUCAUGGUUACUUGAUCGAUCAUUUAUUAAUACAUUAGCUAAAUGUAUGAAUGAUAUUGAUCGAUUACUUUAUUUUGAUAAAGAAAAUAAAAUUUUUGAACAACUUUCAAAUCUUUUUAAUAUAUUUAGUAAAGUUUAUCGACGAUUACCAUCAAAAUUACAAUAUGAAAAUGAAUUUUAUCGAUUAUUUGAAGCAACAAUGGAUUGUCUUAUUUCAUCAAAUUAUGAUCGUGAAUUUAGAAAAUUCAAAACAAAUAUUCAAUCAAUGACAAUUAAACAAAAUUUUUUUCUUAUUCAAUGUCCAUCGUUUUUUACUAUUUAUCAUGGUUCAUAUUCAAAUGAAGUUAUUGAACAAUUAUUAGAUACAAUGGUACCACGUUAUGCAUCUAUACUUGAUAAACAUAUUCAAUCAAUAAAACAAUGGAAAUCUUCAAUGAUUCAUAUUGUUCAUCAUGUUUUAUUAACUAUUACUCAUGCUAAAGGUUAUUAUACACCAUAUGCUAAUGGUCAACCAUUACAAUGGCUUAUCGAUGAUAUUAUUCGUAUAAUCAGUGAACCUUGUCUAUUAAAAAAAGUCAAUGAAAAAGGAACAACAUCUGAAACAAUAUUAAUUAAUUCAGCUCUUUUUACACUUACUACAUUUGUUCAUGAACCUGAUUUACUUGCAUAUAUAAAACAACUUAAAAAAAUAUCAUUAUUUAAUUCAUUAGUAUCAUCAUCGAAUGAAUCUAUUGUUAUUUAUGCUUAUAUGAUGCUUGCUUAUAUAUUAGAAGAAGAUGAUAUAAAAUCAUCAGAAAAAGAUACUGGUCGUUUACUUUCAAAUAUAUUUGAUUUAUUAAGAAAAAAUAUUAAAUCAUUAUCAAAAAGAAAACAACAUAAUGAAUUUAUUGAACGUAAUAUUUCUUUACUUGUUGAAAGUAUUCAUGUUCUUCUUCAACAUGAUCAAAUAAAAAGUGAAAUAUUAAAACAAAAUGCAUUAUCAUUAUUAAUUAAUAAUUAUCAACAUUUUAAUGAUCGAUUAAAACGUUUAUUACUUGAAUCUAUUGGUUCAAUAACAUUUGAUGAAGAAGCAGCAGGAAGAUUACGUGAUAAUAUACAAUUUAUUAAUUCAAUUGAAAAUAUGCAAAAAUCAUCUGAUGAUGGAAUUAAAAAAGCAGCAGAAAAAAUUAUUUGGAAUCUUUUUACAGAAUCUGAAAAAGUUGCUCAACAAAAAGAAAAAAUAAUUAAAAAAAGUAUUGAUUCAAUUGAUAAACCAGAAGAACAAGAUAAAUCUAAAGUUGAAGAAUAUUUAUAUGAUAUAAUGAUAUCUUAUUGUCAUGCUGAUCAACAACUUGUUAAUAAAAUUCAUAAAUUUCUUAUUGACAAAGGUUUUAAAAUUUGGGUUGAUCGUGAUAAUAUGUAUGGGCCAGCAAUGGAAGCUAUGGCUAAUGCUGUAGAAAAUUCUGAAUUUGUUAUUAUCUGUAUGUCAGAUUCUUAUAAACGUAGUGUUUAUUGUCAAGCUGAAGCUGAAUAUGCAUUUCGUUGUAAACGACGUUUAUUACCAAUUAUUGUACGACAAGGUUAUCGGGCUGAUGGAUGGUUAGGUUUAUUAAUUGGUAGUCGAAUUUAUGUAGAUUUUGGUCGAUUAGAAUUUACUAAAGCAUGUACAUUACUUUUAAAAGAAAUAACAUUACAAAGAGAAAGUCAAUUGAAUAAUAAUACAAUUGGUAAUCAUAGUCUACAUGAAAAUCAUUCUAAUUUAAUAGAAUCAAAAUUAUCUGAUAAAAAUAAUUCAACAACAUUAAAAAUAAAUGAAUCAAUGGAAAAAUCAAAGUUACCUAAUAAAUAUUUUAAACGUAAUACAAAAAAAUCGACUUAUUCAUCAAUUUCAAUUAAACAAUGGACAAAAAAAGAUGUAUUAGAUUUUUUAUAUGAUUCAAAUCUUCAUAAUAUGAUGCCAUUAUGUGAAUUUAUGACAGGUUGUGGUUUAAUUAAAUUCUAUCAAAUGUGUCAAACAUCACCAACUCGUUUAUAUAAUCAAUUAAAUGAAGAAUUAACUUCACAAUAUGAUGGUUUACGUUUACCUAUUGGUAUUUUUACACAAUUUCUUAGUGAAAUGGAUCAAUUAACUAGAUCAUCAUCAGUAUCACCUAUACAAGCUAUUGAACAAGAUGCAAUUCGAUCUCAAUCUAUUUCACCAUCACAAUCAUCGAAAUCACCAUCAUCUCCAAUUAUUAGUAAAAGAAAUUCAAAUACUUCUACUAAUUCUACUUCAUUAUUAAAAUCACCGAUUAAAUCGGUAGUCCAAUAUAAUUCUAUAUCACCUUCACAAGAUAUUACAUCACCUAAUUUUGCAACAAUUCAAACAUCUUGUAAUGUUCAUAUUACUGAACGAACUACCUAUCAAACUAAAUCCAUUGUUAGUCCAACAAUUAAUCAUGUUGUUUAA